CGCUUAUGAAGCUAUAAUCAUAUGAAUUUUGCUUAUCAGCAAAAUUCCUCAAAACAUUAACUCCAAAAACCCUAGAGAACCAAGGGGGGUGAGAUUCCAGUUAUAGGAGCCUUUUAAAGCCAGCUGUUGAUGUCUAGAAACACGGUUUUCGCGGGAUAAUGAGAUCGAGGAUUUUGAUUGGUUGUUUCAGGCGGGGUUGUUACUGCCGUCAGGAUUUCUUCAGUCAGCUGAUGUGUAAAUUAGAGAAGCUACAGUCCCAGUUGCAAUAGUUUACUUAUAGUAAAAUAUGUUCGGUAGACUGAUGUUUACGUAUAUACUGAUGUCAUUAGUGUCAUAUUAACCGAAAUCAAAUGUAGGGAUUGUAUUCAGUGUAGUUUUUAAGAAUAUAUUCGCAUACGCAUGAUUAUUUAGAGGGAUGGAUCAUAAGUAAAACUUCAAUAUGUGAUGGAAAGAGUGCUGAAGCCAUUUCCCUGUGGAAAUGUGUGUCUGAUUAUGGAACCUGAUUCUUGUGAAGGGGAGUCCAACAAAAUUCCAAUAGGAGGAAGAAGAAGGACCAGAUCGACUGGAAGUUUGCCUUAUAAUUGGAAUAAGCAAAGUGGUGAAUCUAGCAGUAGUGUUGGAGAGUGGGAAUUAUCAAGAGAAAUCGGGAUGUCUAGUCUCCAUCAGAGUGAUAGUGAUGACAUUAGUGGAAUUCAAGGAAAGGGAAGUUUCUUUCAUCUACAUUCCAGGCCUAAGCUUUGUCUAUUGCCAAGUAUAGAGUCUGACUCAGUUAAUGAGAACUUUUCACCUGUUCGACCUACCACACGCAGGUCGAGGGGCUUAUUCAAAGUGUUGCGCAGGAAGAGGAAGCUCAAGAGGAUGGCUCUGGAGAUGUCCGCUUCAACUUCUUCAAGGGGGCCAGGGUAUACUUCAGGGAAGAAGAAACGGAUUAUCAGGCAUGCUCCUACUUGUGAAAAUAGGUAUUGCAGUGGCGGAAUCAACAGUGGAAAAAGAAAGCGGAGUUCAAGGAGUAUCACAGAGCCUCCGAGAACUGUCCUAGCACUCCAUAGGCUUAGCUUGAGAGAUGAUUCCACUCAUCCUCAUAGUAGUUCCUCUCUCUCUAGUUCUGAAAGUGACACUGGAAUUUAUACCAAUGAUGAAGGCCGUGAAGGUGAUGAUGAACAGAGUGAUUGGGUAGGGGAUGGUGCUUCUGGCGGUCGAGGAGUAUGGGAAGAUUCUGACCGCGGUGAACCAAUGGAAGAUGAUCUUCCUCAGAGUUAUCGUCUUCUUGCUGAAAGUCUUAUUGGAAGAAGUCAUGGGCGAGAAAUUAGAGGGGGAAGGAGAAGGGUCCGUAGUGACAGAGCCAGUUUUAGUGUUUUGACUUCAGCAAAUGAGAAGCUUUCAAGGUUCCUUCAAGAUCCUGAAAAAUCACAGUUGAGAAUGAUGACAACUAUUUAUGAGAUGAAAUGAAAUCUACAACCAUUGAGCUCAUUGAUUUAAUUUUAAAAUUAAGGACUCUCAGAAGCAGGGAUAAUUCAAGUUAAUAAUCAUUUAAUUUGGAAAAUUAAAUACGGUUAUAGUCUCUAAAAGUGUUUUAUUGGUGUCUAAUAAACAAAGCAUACAUUUGAAGCUUUAAAGUUUAUUUUAUUAUUUUUUUAUUUUAUCAAUUUUGUAGAAGUUAAUCAAAGCAACAGAAAAGCUCAUAAUCCUUAUAAAUAAACGAAUUGCUAGUACCUACACAGUUUUCCAAAAAUAAUCCAUUAACUCUAGGUAUGCAGACAAAGCUAAAGAAAAUUAUUUAGUAUAGAUAUUUAUAUGGAUUAAUGUAUUUUAAAAAACAAUUUUUAUCAACCUCAAAAUGCAGAGUUAUAUUUGAGGAGAAUAAUAUGAUUAUUAUUAUUUUUGUUUAUUUAAUAAGAAUGAAUUUAAAAAUUUCUGAAGUGCCAAUUCCUGUUGUGAUUAACUAUAAUAUUUAAGUCCAUCAAAUCAUUCAAAUAGGUUCAGCCAUUUACUCUAAAAACAGCAGUGUGGAUAGUAUAGGACCUUUCUAGAGACCUUACAGAAUGUGAUUUCUUCGAAUGCUUUAUUUCAUUGUUCAAGGAAUAAUGGCAAUAAAGUAGAUGGUUGCUCAGAUAAUUCUUCGUGCAGACUCUCAUAUAAAACUCUAUCAUAUUAAAUCAAUAGCCUAUGAUUUUAUAUUUUAGUCACUUUGUUCUUGGCUAUUUUUGCUUAUUUCAGAUUGUGUUUGGUUGCUUACACAAACCUUUAGUUUCGCCAGAUUGUGUUGUUGGCUGAAGUUAUUCUGGAAGCCCAGCCUGUUCAUGUGCAGUUAUUGGUAUUUCUAGGUUGUAAAAUAAUUACAAAUUUUGACAAAACCUUGCUCACAUAUGGAUGUGAAAGGCUGAAGGGAAUUCUUAAGGGUUUUGAAAAAUUGUAAUAUUGAGAGAAACAAGUUGAGCUUCUCUCGUUAUUUAACUUCAAAGCCCAAGAUUUCAUCACAGAAUGUUGUGGUUAUCCAUAAUAAUAUAUUUAGAAUUUUUGCACAUACUGAAAUUUAAUUAUUUUUAAGUAACAAUAAUAAAAAAAAUUAAAAAAAGAAACCUGUACCACAACAACCCAUGAAGGAUCAUGGGUUCAGUACAGUGUGAGGAAUUAUUAUUACAAGGCCAACGGUUGUGCAGGGAGGUGACAGGGCUGAUAUCACGCUCAAACGCCAGGUUUUUCCCCUUAAUUAAUUAUUUAAUUAAGAGUACCCAAGGGCUUGGUGUGCCCCAGGAGGGUCUCCCGAUCCCAGGGUCAAUCCACUAAAAUUACUAGUCAUCAGAAGUUACUAUAAUAAUUUCUUAAAUUUAAUAUUAUAAUGGUUUGUAUACAUCAAAAGUUACAUAAAUAGUGAGUAUUCAAAAAAUCUAGAUAGCAUUUAGUUUUUUGCAAUUCAAAAGAUUCUGCAACAUUCGAAGUAUAUCAAAGAGUCUAGAUAAUGGUCUAUAACAAUAUUAGUUCACCUUAAAGUUAGUUCCGAAAUUGAGUUCAGUUUUAGUUUACAUUGAGAUCAUUUAGUUUGAAAUAGCUAAAUAGCCGGCCACUUUGAUGAAGUUUCUUCAGCUUUCGAAUUAAAUUAUGGCCGUAGAUUCUUCUACUUCCUAAUUUUUGGCCAUGAUCAUUAUUUUUGCACAGGUAGAUCUGACAAUUUUGAAAUUAAGCAAUAUCAGAAAAUGUAAUUUCUUUAUAAACAAAUUGUAGCAUGUGAUAUUGACACAUAAGCAUUAUAAAUAAUAUUCCUAGGUAAAUUCUAUGAAUCAUGGUAAAAUGAGGUUGCAUGAUUGAUAUACAAAAUUAAAUUUGUAAGAAGAACGGGAAAAGAAAUAAAUAAAAUCAUGGUGAAACUCUACUAAUCUUGAUAAAAUAAGGUCAUGGUGCUGAUUUAUCUGCUCAAAUUAAGGAGAGGAGAGGACCAAAAAAAAUUGUCAAAGUCUGCCACCGACCUUGAAAAAAUAUUGUGAUCUUAUUUUAUAUCAGUCUUUGCUUUAAUUUAUGUGUAUGUAAAUCCCUUGACAAUUGAUUGAAAUAUCUAUUAGCAAUAAAAAUAAUAUUCUAAGUAUGAAUCAAUGGUCAAAGUCUAAUAAUCUCGAUAAAAUAUUACCUUACUUUAUAUCGGUCUUUGCUUUAAUUUAUGUUAACGUCAAUUCAUUUAUAAUUUAUUGACACAUCUUUUAGUGUUUUGUGUAAAUGAUAUUGUACCUGAGUGCUGCCUUGUGGUGAGUCUUAAAAACAGAUCUGAUAAAAGAUUUAAAAGAUAAGUGUCGAGUCGCCCAAGCUACGAGCUUCUCACCCAUUUCAAGCCAGUCACUAGAACAGAGAGGUUCUCAGACUGAAGAAGGGCAUCCCUCUUCCUUCAAAGUCCAUGUAAAAUUUAUAUGCCAGCAUGAAAGGGUGAGUUUUACUUUACAUAAUUUAUAUAACCUACCACUUUCAAUAAAAAUUAUGUCGAAUGUUGAAGCAGAACUCAUUAGAGUUAUUUGCCUUUUUGAAUUAAAUUGGAAAGUUGCCUAAACAAUUAGCAAUAAAACUAAUAUCCCAAGUAUGAAUCUAGAUAAAAUAUAUCUAGGUCGUAGCAUUGAUAUUUCGGUCUUUAGAAUAUUGCUAUCUGCUCAAAUGGGUGGAAGAUAAGAACUAAGGAAUUAAUAAAAUGAAAUUGUAAAACUACCAAUCACGAUAAAUUAAGGUCACAAGGUCGAUUUAUUGAUCUUUGCUCAAAUUUAUGUUUAUGUCGAUUGAUUGGUACACUCAUUAGCAAUAAAACUAAUAUUCCAAGUUUGGAUCUCGAUAAAAUAUGAUUGUAUGGCCAAUAUUUCGGUCUUUGGAAUAUCGCAAUCUGCUCAAAUGAAUGGAAGAGAAGGACCAAAAAUAAAAAUAAAAAAUGGUAAAAUUACCAAUCUCAAAAAAUGAAAUCAUCAGGCCUAUAUAUCGGUCUUUAUGAUAUUGGUAUCUGCUCAAGGAAGGAGAGGACCAAAAAUGUUAAAUAAAUAAAUAAAAAAAAGGUCAAACUACCAAUUUCGCUAAAUUAAGGUAAGGUCGAUAUAUCAGUCUUUCCUCAACUUUAUGUUUAUAUGGAUUUAAGUCUUGAUAAAAUAAUAGUACUCUAUGAAUUAUGAUAGAACAAGGUGGUAAGGCUGAUAUAAUGGUCCAAUGGCAGGACAAAAAUAAAUUGAAAGGAUAGUACAUUUAAAAAAAAAAAAAGAAAGAAAUAGUUAAACUCUACCAAUCUUGAUAAAAUAAGGAUGUGAGGCCAUUAUAUCGGUCUUAGGAAUAUCUGUAUCUGCUCAAAUUAGGGGAGAAGUGGACCAAGAAAGAAAAAAUUCAUAAAAAAUGGUAUAAGUUUAUCGAUCUCACUAAAAUAAGUUCACAAGGCCGAUAUUUCGGUCUUUGCUCAAAUUUAUGUUUAUGUCGAUUCCUUGAGGAUUGAUUGACACUUUUAUUAGCAGUAAAAAUAAUAUUCCAAGUCUCAAUCUCGAUAAAGUAUGAUCGUAAGGCCGAUAGUUCGGUCUUCGGAAUAUGGCAAUCUGCUCAAAUGAGGGGAAGGGAAGGACCAAAAAUAACAAGUAAUAAAAAUACCAAUCUCAACAAAAUGAAGUCAUCAGGCUGAUAUAUCAGUGUUUAUAAUAUAGGUAUCAGCUCAAAUUAGAGGAAGGAGAGGAGCAAAAAUAUUAAUAAAUCGCAAGACCGAUAUAUCGGUAUUUUUUCUAAUUUUUGUUGAUGUUAAUUCUUGACGAUUGAUUGACACAUCUAUUAGCAAUAAAAAUAAUAUGAAUCUUGAUAAAACAAUGUCGUGUAAGGCCGAUAUAUCAGUCUUUAGAAUAUCGGUAUCUGCUCAAAUUUUGGAAAGAGGAGGUUAAUAAAAAAUGUUUAUAUAUAUUUUGGUAUCGGCUAAUAUUUAUAUUUAUGUCAAACCCUAGAUUAAUAUUUUCAUUCAGUAAAUAGGAGAAUUUUCUGUGUGACGUAUGGAGCUAGUCAAAUAUGAAUGAAAGACUUAUAUGCUGAAAUAUAGGUUUACCUGUCAAAAUUUGUGUAUAGGCCGAUGCAUCGAUGGUCUCUUUAUUAUUUAGCAAUAAGUAGGGUAUUCCAUGUGAAACUUUACAAAACCUGACAGAAAGGGGAAAAAGGCCAUAAUGUGUUCAGUCUUACUUUAUGAUUAUGAGAUUUAUACUACUUUCCAGGCUUGUGAACAGGAACUCCUAGGCUUUAAAAGAAGAAUCCUCAGAUGUAUUUAUGGUGGUGUUCUUGUCAGAAGAGAUUGGAAAAGGAGAAAUGGAGCUGCACACCAUGGUUCAGGAGUCCGAUAUAGUUCGAGUGAUGAAGAUUGCAAGAUUGAGAUGGGCAGAGCACGUAGUCAGGAUGGGCAGCUAGGAUCCACCAAGACAACUGCUGUUGGAGCCACUCCAUGGUACCAGGAGAAAAAAACCGAAGCUGCGAUGGGUUAAUGGUGUUGAUGCUGAUGCAACAAAUAUACUGAGGCUUCGGAAUUGCAAGGAAAUGAGACCAUUGGUGGAAGCUGCUGGAGGACCUCAGUAUUCGACAGCGGAUCGUAGAGCCAUGCUAAUAAUAAUAAUAACAGAAAUAAUUUCAAUUAAUGAAUGCUGUUUUAUUGAGAUAUAAUUGGAAAAAUUUAUAUUAAAUUAUUUUUAAUCUAUGAAAUAUUUGUUAUUAUAAAACUAUGAUUUCUACUGAUAUUUGUUUAAUUAUUAAUUAAUGCCCUCUGCAGAUUAGGAAUUGGACUUUGUGAGUUCUUGCAUGCCUACCUACUAAGAAGACUUGAUCCUCUGACCUGCGAGAGCUGCGAUGUCCAAAUGAUAGUAAAACAUGUUAUACAAGACUGCCUUACAUUUCAACCUGUUAGGAAAAAAUUGGACAUGGCACUAAGCCUAAAAGAAAAUUUAUAAAACAUUGAAAGAGAAGUUAAAAAAACAUUAAGAUUCUUAAAAGCGGUGGUGAAGUUCUAAUCAAUAAUCAAGUUUAAUUUUAAUGUGUUACCUGUGAUCCUACAUGGUAGAGGUAACAAAAAAAAAAAACAGAAAUAUAUAAAUAAUUGUUUUAUUAAAUUUAAAUCUGACUAUAAAGCUUUUUAGGCGUACUAUUGUUGAAACACUGUGGCCUAAAAACUUCAGAAGUAGUAUUAAUAAAAAAAGAACCUGUAACACUACAAUCCAUAAAGGGUAUUUGGUUCAUGUGCUAUGUUCGGAAGUGCUGUUUCUUGGUCAAGGGUUGUGCAAGGAGAUGAUUGCCCAAGAUUUUUCUCAACUGCCAGGUUUUCUCCCUUAAUUAAUUAAGGGUACACGGUUUAUAGAUGUUGGGUAUUCCCCAGGAGGGUCUCCCGACCCCACGGCUGAUGAAACACAAUAAAUGUUAAUUUGCCAUCAGCUGGAUUUGAGUCUGGAACCUUGAGGUUUCGUAGUUAAUGCUCAAGUGUUUGAAUCAUAGAAUAGAAUAGAAAAAUCAUCUUUAUUCUGGGACUAGGUCCCUUUAGAAUAACAGUAUUGUUCAUAUAUAUUAACUACAAAUCUGGUCAAAAGACUUAUUACAAUGAAUAAUGACAAAAUACAUGUAAUACAUUAAGUAUUAAUUAGGCUCUUAGGAUAAAUUAACGAGGACAGUUGGGUAAUAGGGGUUCAGUACUACAAUAUUCGAGCUAAAAUAAUUGCAUAAUAAUCACUGACUGAAAUUAGAAAGGAAAGUAAAAUCUAUUUUAUAGGUAAAGCAUUGUAGUGAUGUAAUAUAAAAAUUUUAAAAAAU